UGGUAAUCCACAGGUGACUCUGUGUACUUGAAUAGCGGCCUUGUUCUAGAAAGUGACCGGGCAAUACCUAACUAAUCGCACAGAUGACUGCAUGACUGAUGAAUUUGACACCUGACAUCUGGCAUUACUUCAACAACCCUUGCCAGUGAUCGCAGAAGCACAUUUUUGCAAUAGUAGUUGUCUGAUUAUAAGUACACAUAUGUAAAUGAUGGAGGCUUUGAUAUCUUUUGUGAAACGAAACAUUUUCAAUACCUCAAAUACCAGCUCAGAAGACAAACGUGUAAAAAAGAACAGGGUUGAAAUCAACCGAACAGAAUGGGAAGUCCCAGAAAGGUACCAAAUGCUCACCCCUGUUGGCUCAGGUGCUUACGGCCAAGUGUGCUCAGCUGUUGACAGUCAAACAGGAAGGAAAGUCGCAAUUAAGAAACUAGCCCGUCCUUUUCAGUCAGCAGUUCAUGCUAAAAGAACCUACAGGGAGCUGAGGCUGUUAAAGCAUAUGGAUCAUGAAAAUGUCAUAGGACUGUUGGACAUAUUUCACCCAUCAACUUCGCCCAACGAUUUCAAUCAAGUGUAUCUGGUUACUCAUUUGAUGGGAGCGGAUCUUAACAACAUUAUCAGGACCCAGAAACUCUCCGAUGAUCAUGUCCAAUUUUUAGUUUAUCAAAUUCUUCGAGGUUUAAAGUACAUCCAUUCAGCUGGAAUCAUACAUAGGGACUUGAAACCAUCCAACAUUGCAGUAAAUGAAGAUUGUGAGUUGAAAAUUUUGGAUUUUGGUCUCGCACGACCAACAGAAAAUGAAAUGACUGGUUACGUUGCCACCCGUUGGUACCGGGCACCAGAAAUUAUGCUUAACUGGAUGCACUAUAACCAAACUGUUGAUAUUUGGUCUGUUGGCUGUAUCAUGGCCGAACUUAUAACAGGGCGAACUCUCUUCCCUGGCACUGAUCACAUUGACCAAUUAACAAGGGUUUUGGUGCUUUGUGGAACGCCGUCCGAGGAUACUUUUCAGAAGAUCUCUAGUCAGGAGGCUCGCAGCUACAUCCAGUCCCUACCCAAUUUGAAGAAAAAAGAUUUCAAGCAAGUGUUCAAAGGAGCCAAUCCACUAGCGAUAGAUUUGUUGGAAUUGAUGCUGGAACUGGACGCAGAUAAGAGGAUAACCGCGGAAAAGGCAUUGGCGCACCCUUACUUAUCAAAAUAUGCUGAUCCAGAAGACGAGCCCACCUCCCCUCCGUAUGAUCAAAGUUUUGAAGAAUCAGAUCUCCCUGUAGAAAAGUGGAAAGAACUGGUCUAUGAAGAGGUGCUAUCUUUCAGGCCCCAUCCUUCUCUUCUGCCGGAAGGUGAAGUUGCUUCCUCUUGAAGAAACUUACUCUGACUGCGACUCCUUCAUGAAGUUGAGCUAAUCUGUCAAAUCAAAACGAAACCAGAACAACUGGAAUCAAUGGAACCGUGUAUCAGUAUUUCUUGUCUCAACCCUAACACCGAACUUGCUCUAAGCCCAAUUUUACUCAGGUACCUGCUAAUUUUGCUGUUUCAAGGUUAUUGAAUCGAUAAGUUUAACGCUGUAACUUCCAAUACUUUACGCCGUAACAAUAAAAGUCCUUGAGAAGUUUUGUGAACCCUCAACAAUAUUAAAUUCAAGGACUCUAGCAACAUGACUGCUAUUGGAACUCUGCAUUUAAAUAGCAGAGCACUGAAAAGUUUUUCCCUGAAGUUAUUAAUAUUGAUAACUUCUCUCAUCACAGCUCAAAUUUUGCUGUGAUCCUAGAACUUUUUUUAACGCUCAUUGACAGCGUCACUUUUGAAUUCGAACGCCUGGUUCAGCUUUGGUAAAUUUUUCUUUUAGUUUUUGUUUUAUCGUCUGCCGCUGAAAUUACCUCUCUUAUCUUGAGCAAUGUUUUAUGAAAUGGUCCAUAUUUUGCAGAGCCUUCACUCUGCUAAGGACUUAUGCAUGGGUGAGAGAACAGAACCCCAAAAAUUUCAAAAACAAGCCGAACUUUUUCAAUCUUUUACUCUUACGAAAGUUGAAACAAUGUAAGGAAAAGAGAUUUACUAUUUUGGUGUUAAUUCACCAGAUGGAUAAUAGUUGUAGCGGAGUAGUAUGCAGAACAAUUUUGGGAAUUUACCGGGGCAUUUUGAUUGAAAUUGAAAUCAUUCCAACCAGGAAUCCCAGGUGAUUUCUUUUGUUUCUCAAGGGGAGAAUUACAUUCACCUCUUCAAUAAAAGUUUCCAAAUGCUUGUAUUGGGUUAUUUGUAGUGUUAAGAUGAAGGAAAAACUGAAGGGAAGGAAAUCCUUUCACCUAGGGGCCCCCGAAGCUUCGCAUUUUGCGAAGUGAAGCGCGAGGUAGGAAAAAGUGGAGCGAAGCAAAAAUUUUGCAGUAAUUCAAAUUUUCAUGCUCUUUCGGAAACAAUGCCGAAUGCCGAUGAUUGAUGGAUAAUUAAAAAAAACGGAAAAUGGGCUGUCGCUUCGCUACGAAAAACGCAGCUUCGCGGACCCCUACUUUCACCCAAUAGUUUUUUGCAUUUUAUUGCAAGCUUGUAGUUCAAGGUCUAUUCUAUCUCUUAAAUGAAAAUGUUAUAUCUUGACUAUGAUUAAAUGUUAGUAUUGAAAAUACUUUUAUACUUAAAUACUAAUUGUUAUAAAUCUAAAAUAAUUGAUUUGAGACAUUGAUUGUUAGAGUGCCUUCACAAAAGUACUGUUCUAGAGCCCACAUCAAGUUUUCGCUCUUUUAGAAUGAGAUAUAAGAUCCGUUUUGAUUCUUGUAUUUACUUUUGAUGUCAAGCUGAAAACAGCUGGUCUCCUGUUCCACUCCAUAGUGCGUAAACUUAUUAUACAUGAACUCUAUUUUGAGAUUACUUCACAUUGAGCGCAACUAUUUGUUUGACUUUAAAACGGUUCUGUUAACUUUGAAUCAAAAUCUUUUGCGAAAUUGUAGGUAUUCAUUUUUGAGCGUUAGCUCUGAUGUAACUACUUGGAAGUAUUUUUAAGUUACUCACCCAAUUGUAAUUAUUACAUCUAAGACCCUCUGGAUAAUCUUAAUUUUAAGUUCUCACAAUGUUUCAAUUUUCUCAAUCUUGUUGAAUUGGAAUAUUAGAUAUUGAUGUUGCACAUCAGGGAACUGAGGCCAAUUUUUUUUACCUACUUUAUUCUUAUGAAAUGUAUUAAAAGUGUCAGAGCUCCUAGGAAAAUUUGAAGAGCAACUUAUUUCAAUUUUAGGUGGUCGGGAUGUUAAAGGAAAAAAUGUAACCCUUAUGGUGAACCUCUAACUUUAACGUCUGCAUUGAAGUUGGGACUGUUAGUUAAUAAACCUGAAUUCUGAAAUCAUGAGGUUUUAGAAAAUUGUGGUUAAAAAGUGUAUCCUAUGAAAAGUUGGGUGUCUUUCGAUGAGGCAUUCAUGCCAAAAUGAUAAUGAAUUCAUGUGAAUCGUGAGAAUUGUUAUCAGAAUGAUUUCUCUAAAAAUAUGAAGGUUCUGCUGAAGUUUUAGUGAGUUUUGCCCUAAAAAUUUUCCCUUUUCUUCUCAAUCGCUGUUCAUCAGGAUGUCUGAUGCCUUUUGGUUCUACUUUGAGAAACAUUGACAGAUAAAAAAAUGAAGCACUGAGCUUUCUUUCUGAUAGUGCAAUGAAUAUGCAGUAGAGGGCACAUCAUAUUGUACAAAAUAACGAUGAAAUGGCUGGAUAUGAAGUACAAAGUGCCAAAAAUAACUGUGAGUUUUUUUAUUUUUUUGUUUGGAGCAAGCGAAAUGUGCAAGAGACAGAAAAUUUUUGAAUAGAAGAAGAGAUGCAAUUCUUGUCAAAAUGGAAUCCUUGUUUCCAUAAAGCAUGAUAAAAGUGAAAUGAUCCUACCUGAACUUACUUUGUCUGCUAAAAAGGCAAUUUUCUUAUCAUGGUAGGAAACGAGUUGCCGCCCUGACGAUGAGCAGGACACAGCACAUGCGUCAUAAUUAGAGUUUCUGUCUUCUCAGGAAGCAACUCUUUUUCCAAAGUAAACACAAAUGAUUAGGAAGACUGACCAGAACAAAAUUUGCAACUACAGAAAAGAAACUCAAGCCCUCUGUACAAGUAAUGAUGUGUUUCAAGCUUUUAUUUGAGGCAUAAUCUCGAUUCAAGGCCCAAUUCCUAAAUGGCGCUUGAUAAAUGAUGACGGUGGAGGGCUAGUCUUUGAAGUCUGAAAUUAAGUUACUAUCCAUAAUUUUUUUUUGAAGCUUGAGAGUAAAUAAAAAACCUGUCGGGUAUAUUAACACUUUUUGAAAAUAUUUUUUCCUAAACUAUUUCCAAACUAACUAUUUUUUAGUUUAGGCAGAGGAAAAUUGUCUGCUUAUUUUUAUGCUUUGUUUAUUUUAGAUAUAUUAUUUCUGCGGAGUGUUUCUGCAAUCAUGAUUCAAAUACUUUUUGAGGGCUCAGGAAGUUUUUGAUAUUAAACUCUCAAAUUGACAACAAAGAUUUGAGAAAAAAUUACCCAUUGUUUAAUUUUGCUUGGUAAUUUUAUCAGUCUGUUCAACUUAUUGAUAACCUUAGUUUUCAUCCAAGAAUGCUCAAUUUUCUGAGCUCUCAUAUUUUGUGAUGUUAGUUGUAGUAGCUACUUACCUAUUUUAUUUUAUAUUAUUUGUUUUUAUUUUGUUAUUUUAAUUCUUUAUUAUAUUUAUUUUCAUAGAUUUAUUUUAGAGUUUGUUCGUUUGCUUCUCAAUGAUAGGAGUCAUUAUACUGGCUGUGGAGAUACGAGUUGAUCAAAUAAAAAACACGUAAGCACUUUAUUCGUCAGCACUACCCAAUAGCAGCUUAUUUCAACCCUUUUGAGCUGCAGAUCUCUUUCUGUUUGAGUAAAAAAGCUAGAAAACAAGCAAUUCAAUUGUAAAUUACAAUUCUUUUUUUCUCCUUUACCAACAAAUGAUAAGGAAGAAUAGCACUAAAAUGGCCAAGAGUAAUUCAGGGUUAGAUGCUUUUAAUGUGCUACGUUCAUCGUCGUAUUGAUAUGAACAAUUAAUUAGUUAAAAAGAAGCAUUAGGUACCUCUUCGGCUGGCAACAGUGGCAUUUGUCUGUAAAUCCUUAGUGUUUACAUUGGUGCAAGUUUUGAGUAUGACUUACCUAAUCUUUCUUAUCAUUGACAAUUCUAAAACAGCAAAUAGAAAUCAUGAAAAACACUGAGGAUACAUUCACGCUCUGCAAGUGGAAAUUUCCUGUUAUUCUGCGUGUCGAUGGAAAAUUUACAAACUGCACCCUACGUCAAUCGGACUAUACUACGCAGCUAGGAGCUACUGUUUCUAGCUUAUCCAUAAAAGUACUCAUCUGCAUAGGGGUUCUAAUGGCACAUAUGUCAUUUUUGAAAUAAGCCAGAAAUUGUUGUUUCUUCUCCUGUAAUGCAGUUCAAUUGUAUCAGCGAGAUGAAUUUCAGUUGCUCUGUCACACAGAAAUUAUACUUAUCACAAAAUUAACGUCAAAAAGAAGUCCCACUCUGUGUUUCAAAAUUGUGUAGUAUAAGUAAAGAAUGUACCGAGUAGAAAAUACACUUGUAGUUAUUCUAUGUAGAGAAUUCAAGGAUCCUUAAAAAUUCAUCUUUGUUAGAAGUCUGUAACCUGUUUCAAACUCAAAGCCUUAAUGCUUCCUUUCUUUUCUCUCUCUAUGUUUUCUCCUAGUUUCAUCCCAUCUUUUGAUAUUUUCAAGUCACAUGUAUGAUCAACAACAGGUUGCUAGUGUGUGUUUUUUUCUAUGGGUAUUGAGGUAUGAAAACAAAAUGAAAGCUUCUUAUCUCAACGCAGAAAACAAGUCUAGAAAAUGAUUUCUCAUUCUUAAAAUGCCAAAUAUUUAUCAUUGAGAAAGCAAACAAGCAUUGAAAAACAUAAAUGCCUUGGAAUCACUGAUUAUUUUGAUAUAGUAUUUCUUUUUUUAAGUAGGAAGCCUAACGAAUCAAAUUGUUCUUUUUUUACUUAAGUUUUGACAAUGCAAUAAAACUUUCUUUAAUUCAA